AUCUCUACUGUCUGGUAAGAGCAGCCGGGACCCGCUCUCGACAGGACUGAACAAGGAACGUUUGAUACUCAAGAUGUCCUCGAACAGGAGUGAGCCAUGGCUGGUACCGCUGAAUGAAACUGUCAUCAUCGGGUACUCUGAUAUAGCAGCAGCUGGGAGCCGGGCUCUGCUGGGACUCUCAGACCUUAGAGAGCAGCUGGUGUUUGAGAUCCCUCAACUUCCCAAUGCAAAACCGUGCUGUGUGUUGGAUCCCAAAGCAGCAGCAGCUUCAAACAAGGGAAAGAAGACUCAAGAAAAACCUCUGGGACCUUUUAUAGUGUACAAUUGUAAAAACCAUGCUCGGCAAAAGUAUUCCUUAGUAGUUCUGAACUGCCACAUCCCAGCUGCAUGCAGCCACUCUGUAGUGAAGUACCUGGUGGAAGCUUGUCGGACCAGUUUUGCUCGGCGUGUUUUUCUCCUAUCUGGCCAGCAUUUUGACCUGCCUGAAGGCCCACUCAGACCUCUCUAUGAUAACUGCUGGAAUGGCAUGGGCCCUGGUACAGCUUGCCCUGUACUGUCGAGGGAUGUGAAGUUGUACGAUGCUUUUUUGUCAAACUUUAUUCAGAUGUUUAUGAUUGACGGCACGCCUUUCUCAACUCUGAUUGCUCUGUGCAACAAGGCAGAGGCUGGACAUGCUUCAGAAAUAGAUGGGUCUCUUGAUGUGAGUAUGGUCAUCGAGAUGUAUCAGGAACACCUGAGUGAAAUUACUGGUCUGAGGUUUAGCUUGGCUACUAGUAAGUCUCUGGUCUAUGAUGGCAACCCUGGAGAGAAUGCAGACAUGGUAGCCAUGAUUUACGUGUGACACAGCACCAAAGGGCAUCAGUAAAUACAGACAUCAACAUAAGUUAAGGACCACCUUAACAGACAGCCCUGUUUGUUUUUUUUAAAAAAGAAAAAAAGACAGCAAGGA